UGGCAAUCACAAGACGGCCAGAGGAGCGCAGUCGAUGCACGGCGGCAGCAGCAGGCCGCAACCUUCUUCUUCUUCAUUUUUAUUUUUUUCAUUUAUUGAAUUGUUUUAGCCUCGCAGUGCAACCGCCGUGCAAUAAUGUGCAACGAACAGCGGCUGCAUUGCGCUUCUGUUCACGCGCAUUAGCACGCUCGUGUUUACGCUCCAACGUCGAGUCUCCCCCUCCUCCGCCUCCUCACCUCUCUCCCAUCCCUCCUCACUUGUUUUCUUCUUCCUAGCUGGGGGCACCGAAGGGAAGAGCGGGGGGGCGGGGGGGAGAGAGAGAGAGAAGAAAGUCCAAAUGCGUGAGGUCAGCAGCGUAGCAUGAGUCAACCUCGGAGAUGUGUGCAGUCAUCAUCGCGGGCCUGCCGCCGCUGGCCGCACGAGAGAGCUAUCCAGCGCGGCUGAGCGGCUCCUCACAGGUGUCGCCCAUGAAUGAGAAAAACACAGAGACUUCUUCAGAUCUUUUCACCCACGACUGGAGAUUGUGAAGAACUUCAGAGGGAUUUGUUUUUUUAUUACUGUGAAUGAUACAGAAGACUUUUUCUGUUUUUUUUUUUUCUUUAAGUCAAAAGAACAUUCUGGAUAGGCCUGGGUUGGAGCGAUUCCCUGCUUCGGCCCAUUCAUGCUCGUCAUGAGCGUACCCGCCCAGCAGAAACCCAGCGCUAAGAGAACGGGCAAACGCAUCACGUUCUUCAGCGACCAACCAGGAGACCCAAUGAAGGAGACGUCGCAGCAUCCCGACGGGGCGUACUUCGUCCCCGGUGGCACCGCCGCCGCCUCGGAGUCCGGGCAAAGCGAGGCAGCGAGUACAGUGACCUCCAACCCAGAGGCUCCUCACAUGUACUUCAACUCUGUGAUCUUCAGCCCAGAUAAGGGUGACCAGAACAGGGGCCACUAUCAGCAGACGGUGCCGAUGAAGUGGGCUCACCCCGAGCCUGGUCAGCAGCAGCAGCAGCAGCAGAGAGCUGCCUCUUGGGCUGCCAUACCUAACUGGCCGCCGGCUUUUCCGAAUCUCACAAGGACCCAGAAUGCGUUCGCGAAGGCGAUGCACGAGACUCCCCCCGGCUUGCAGCUGCAUCAGCAGCCAACGAACGCUGUGAAGUCUCGAGCUCUGGAGUGGGAACAGCAGCAGCAGACAUCCCAAAUCUUUCAGGAGACGUUGAAACCAGGGGCGCUGAACGCCCAGCAGCAGAGUGCCCCCCACCCCGGAGGAAGCUCCGUCUUGCAGUCCUUCCAGCUGGCCUUCGGUCAGCCCAAACAGCACCUGCCCGCUUAUUACCAGACCUUCCAAGGGAGCAGGAACACACUACCGAACCCUCCAAACUACUCAAAUUCGAAACAGUCUUCGCUUCAUCUUCAGCAGCUGCAGAAUCAAGAGCAAAUGCAACGGCAGCAGCAGCAUGUCAUCCAGCAGCAAAUUCAACAGCAUCAGCAAAUCAUCCGGCAUCCGCAUGUCCAGUUACAGCAGCAGCAGUUACACCAUGAGCAGCAACAAAAGAUGCAACAACAGCGGCAACAGCUCCAGAUUCAGCAGCAAAUGCAACAUCAGCAGUCGCAACAACAAAACCCCCAUGUGCUAGACUGUUUCUCUGCAGCACAAAACGCACACCCGCACCCGCAGCCUGUCGUUGUGCACUCGCAGGAGUCCACCGCUCCGGCUCCGCCAAAGAUCCAGGAGCCGCUGAUCCAGGACAUCACGCCAGAACCCCAGCAGCAGCCGUCCGAUCCCCUGCAGGCUCCCCCACCGCCCGAGCCGUCGUCGCAAUCGCAGGCGCAGCUCCGCAGAUCGCGCCGGCUCUCCAAGGAAGGUGGGGCGCCGUCUGACAACCCUUUCCUUUGCGGGCCCUCGGAUCAGUCGGGCCCGGAGAACGGGGCCCGUGACGUCCAGGCGGCGCCCACGGGGGUCAUCCAGAGCACGCGCAGGAAGCGCCGGGUGUCCCAAGAGGUCAACCUGGAGAUGCUCGCUCAAGAGGCUUCAGAAAGGAAGUCUCCUUCACUAAGCAAGGAGCCUCACAGGCCGUGGAGUCCCGCCGAACCGGAGAGCAUCACCUCCAAGCGGUCCCGAGACGACAGCCUCCUUCCGCUCGUCAUCCCCGUGUCCGUCCCCGUUCGGAGACAGGACCCCUCGUCUCCGGAUAGGGACGGAGCAGCCAUGGCAAUCAGCUGGCCUCACCGGCCUCCUAACCACCAGGACCUGGAGCGAGCCGAUCACAAACCCUCGGUCAUCGUCACCCGCAGACGCUCGCUCCGAAACUCCUUAUCAGAAAGUUCAGAGCAGAACGACGGCACAGAGGGACAGAGGGACGACGACGGCAAGAAGUCCAAACGGCGUCCCAGACCGGAGCCUCUCUUCAUCCCGCCGCCCAAACCGAGUUUAUUCAUCGCCCCGCCCGUCUACUCCAGCAUCACGCCCUACCAGAGCCACCUUCGCUCCCCCGUUCGCCUCGCAGACAACCCGAUCACGAUGCCCCCGUACACGCCUCCGCCGAUCCUCAGCCCCGUUCGGGAGGGCUCGGGCCUCUACUUCGCCACCUUCCUCUCGUCGGCCGCAGCCAGUGGCCCGGGCUUGCCCCCUCCCGCGACUCCCAAGUCAGCCACUCGCAGCUUGUUGCGUUCCAACAGCUGCGACAUCACGCCACCGGUGCUGUCCGCCAUGAGUGAGACCACGCCGGUCAGCAUCGAGCCACGAAUUAAUAUUGGGUCGCGGUACCAAGCGGAGGUGCCAGAGCUGAGGCAGAGGUCAGCCGUCGAACUGGAUCACCAUCGAGCCGAACUGGUUUGGGCUCCACCGUCCGAACUGGAGGGGAAACCAGACUUCCAGGACAAGGUGGAAGACCUCAUGCACCUGGCCUGUUCCAGUGUUUUAUACGGAGGAGGCACCAACCAGGAGUUAGCACUCCAUUGUUUAUACGAGUCCAAAGGGGACAUAAUGGCUGCUCUGUCUCUGCUGAUGCUGAGGGAUCCAAUCUUCCCAAAGACACAUCAUCUAUCCAGCUACCAUUACUCGGGAUCAGACAGCUGGACGGCAGCUGAGAGGCGUCUGUUCAACAAAGGCAUGGCCACGUGUAAGAAGGACUUUUUCAUGGUGCAAAAGCAGGUGACGACCAAGACCGUGGCGCAGUGCGUGGAGUUCUACUACACGUACAAGAAACACGUGAAGAUCGGCCGCAACGGAGCGCUGACCUACGGCGAGAACGAGCCUCCGGAGAGCAGGACGGCAGAGGAGGAGCAGGACCACAAGGCCGCUCAGAGACUGGAGCCGCAGCAGCAGCAGCAGGAGGAAGAGGACAGCAGGAAGUGGGACGGUUCAGCUGACAGGAAACAGGAUGUCUGUCCCACCAGGGUGACACACACGCUGCCGUCCACUGAGAAUCUUGCGACAGUCCUCAUCAUGAAGAGCCAGGCGGAGGUGGGAAGGGAGCAGCCGGUGUCCAGGGUCAUCCACCACACCCAGCCGCCCCAGACCAAACCGCGCUUCGACGGCAACGGGCGCCGGCCGAGCCCCCCGUCGGUCAACAAGGCCUCGGCGGGGCAGGAGGGCGAGUUCCCCUGCAAGAAGUGUGGCAGGAUUUUCUACAAGGUGAAGAGCCGCAGCGCCCAUAUGAAGAGCCACGCGGAGCAGGAGAAGAAGGCGGCGGCGCUGCGACAGAAGGAGGCGGAGGAGCGCGCCGCGGCCAGGGCGGCAGCCGAGGCCGCCGCCGCCGCCCUGGCCGCGCGGCACCAGAACGGAACGCGGCAGGCGGUCGGCGACAGCGCCAACGACGACUCCUCCGGCGGCGAGGACAGCGACGACGACGACGACUGGCAGAAUUAGGGUGGAGAGGCAGAGACCCUCUGCACCCCUCCUUUUUUUUUAUUUUAUUUUUUUACAAACCGCCGUUGCUCGGCUACGAUCACCGCUGAAACUUCAGCGAGCGUCUGGAUUUGUUGGGUUCUUCCCAAAGCUCCCUUUCACUCAGCUUUUCCAAGAGUGGUGCCUCUCUCGCUCACAGGGCUCGGUGAAAUCAAAGCCAUGCGUCGUCCUGUUGGAUUCCCAGCCGCCGCCGCCUUCCUCCGCACUUUGAGUCCCGCCUCCCGCUUUGCUCCGACAGGCGCGUUGGAUCUCCCCUUCCGUCUUCUGUUUUCCUUUCACCCCCAGCUCCUCUUCGGACCUCAGUCGACCGAUAUCCGACAGUCGAGGGUGAAGUGGGAAAGAAAGGCUGCUUCCUGGGACGGACGGAUGGCGUGUUGUUCAGACUGUUGUUGUUGACACUCCGCUGCACUAACAGCUGCCAAAAGUGGGGUUUUUUUUAAGCAUGAAAUGGGUUCUGUCUGUUUAUCCGGGCUUUUGGUUCUGUGAAUCCCCCGUCAUCAAAGUCCCUUUUUUUUUCUUUUUUUUUUUAAAAUAAAACCUGCUCUGUUCCUCACUGUUUUAUGCCUUGGAUGUUAUGACAGUUUUAUUUGAAAAUGACAAUCAAUUUUACUCUGUUGGUGUUUUUUAUGGACGUGUAUAUAAGCAGGUCAACUUCCCCCCCCACCUCUUUUUCUCUGUAGUUCUAUGUGGUUCUUGUUGUUUUUGUGAAUAUUAUUAAUUAUUAUUAAUAUUAUUAUUAACAUUAUUAUUAUUAUUCUAGUUUUGGCUGCAGUAUUGUCGAGCGCUUUUUUAAAAGAUUUUCUUUUUUUUUUUAUUUAAACAAAAACAAUUGCUCUUUGCUACCUGUUUAUAACUGUGAUUCUGUUUUUGUUUUUUUUUUAAUAACUAUUUUUUUUGUUCUUUCAUUGGGAGCCAAGAAAUGAAGAAAAGGCAGAAGCGUAUGUGCAAUAGAACAAGUUACCCCCUCUCGCUCCGCAACACGGUGUUCUCUGUCAGCUCAGCAGCAGCUGCUCCGGAUGCCUCGCUGUCGGCUCCGACAACCGGCCCAGUCCAAACCUAACACCGCGCUCCAGUAUUUACGGCAUGACAUUGGCUUUCACAAUGUGUGCUUCUGUUUUUGUUUUUUCUUUGUUCUUAAUUGUGAGCGAGAUGGUCUGUCGGUAAAGAUACCUCAGUAUGGCAGUAUUUACACGAGAAAUCUUUAGACUGUAACGUAUAACAUGUUUGAAACAAAUUGCUAAUGCCACGUUUAGCAUCAGCUCAUCUUUAUUUUGAUUCGGAUACACAGACGUUGGCAAAAAAAGAAAUGCACGUCGGCUAGUUUUCUAGUAAACGCCACAUGGAUGGGAGCCGUCUGUCAGUAAACCGUUUGCGUUCAUCAACAGCCGAGCUUUUUGCAAAAGUAGUGAUUUGCAGUAAUUGAUCAGAUUUUUAUUCCGAACUAAUGGUUCUGCCUCCUGCUUCCUACCUCAGCUUUGUAGCCGUUCCACAGACUGUUAACAGUAAGAUCAUUUCAGCAAAAAAAUAAAUGAAAAUUUGUAAUCCUUUUUUUCUUUAGUCCCAUCUAAUCUGAGCUCAGAAUUGAAACGUGAGUAAAAAGUGAUUUGACUUUUUUUUUUUAAAUGGAGCUUUUCCAUUGUUCUUGUUAUGGAUUUAGAUAUUGAUAUUUCACUCCUUUUUGUUCUCUCUCUCUCUCUGUCUUUGUUAUUUCUGAUAAAAUCUCAAGCGUUCCUUACAAAGGCUUGUUUUCCACGCUCUCUAAAAGCCUGUUGAUGGCAGGAAAUCAUUUACUGACAAACAGUAGAUUCCGAUCUAGACGGCCGAACUAAAAUCUCUGCUUGCUCUUAAUAUUUUAACAUUAGAACGCGUCGAUUGCCAAGACUAGAUCUCUUCUAAGACGGGAGAUAAAUCGGUGUCUGCCUUUGGAUAUUUGCUCUGAGAUUCCAGAUUUGGCUGAAAAAGCUGUUCAGAUGACAAUUUGUCAUUUAUUUUCCCCCCAAUUAUUAGUGUUACAUUGUCUUUUAGAUGCUGAUAUAAAGAGAAAGUUUUUAUCUUUCGAAGCAGACUGUUUGCAUCUGUGAUUCCUCUGUUCCUCGUUGGACCAUUGCGACCGUGACUCAUCUGUUGCUACAUAUCCCAGUGUUGAGCCCCUUUUUAGCCCGGAGCCGUCGAAGCAACAAAUAGGUGAAAAGGUUGUUUUCCUUGAAAAGGACAAACUGGAGAAAGGAAGGAAGGAAGGAAGGAAGGAACGUUGAGUGGGGAAAGAGUCAAAAACAGGCAGAAUCAGCUCUGCUCACUCUACGAGUUCGAAUCUGCGUCUAUGCACAGGCUGUGUGUGCGCGAGUGUGUGUCUGUAGCAUCCUGUUAGCGGUGUGCGUGUAUGAGUUCUGCGAGGUCAAAUGUUUGACUGCAGUACCAGUAACAAACAAACAAACAAACAAAAAAAGGGUUUUUGCAGACUGUUCACGUUUGGUAUGUUAAUUUAUAUCUUUUUAUUUGGGCUCGUCUCAAGGUUCUCGUUUGGGUUUCGGGUGGGGAGGGGAGCGAUGUUGCAAAAACAAAGCAAAAAAAAAAAAAAGGUUUCACAGAAGAAUUUUUACGGAUGGAAGUGGAGGCCACUGACACUUCUCGUUUCGUCCGGCUGGUUGAGGGGGGGGGAAACAAAUUUCCGAAGAAAAUGUUUAUUUAGCUAAAGAUUGGAAAUAUAUAAUAUGAACGGAAUUCUAUGUUUGCAUACUUUUUAUGCUAUUUUCGUAUAGGGUUCACACUAAUGAUAAAAUCAGAAAGGAAUCUCAAGUGCUUUUUACUACGGUGUAACUUAUUUGUGUUGAUUUGAUUUUUACCACCUGUGUUUUUAGUAAUGAUUUCUGGAAGCACUGUAUAUUAAAGGUUCAAAACAUUC